GCUCUGCUGAACACUAAUCCCACGGAGCCUGCCGACCACGAAUGCGAAAACGAGCCCUCUCCACCCCCAUCGCUCCCGCACUUGCCACCCGCCCCACAGACUCCGAAAGAUGACAGUGAUUUCGUCUCAAGAGCGCUUCAGGGAUUCAUCAACACAAGAGCCCUAGGCUCCGAAAGCACACAUUUUCUUGCCUGCAAGCAUUGCCGAGGCGACAUCCUUGACCUCUAG